GGGCGCAAAAUCUGGUGUUUGGGUUGACUCUUGCCACAGAACCUUUUUGUUUAGUUCACAGCUAAAACCUGUUAUCAUUAAUUAUUUUUUUAUUAGCUUAAGGCUUAACGGAGGAGCGGAAAACCCGCAAACGUUCUCAUUUUCUCAAAUGUUCGGGAGGCUAUUUUUGAGCACAGUACAGACUUCUAGUUAGCUAAGACUCGCUACUCGCUUACUUACUUUGCCAACAACAAUGUCUAGUCUUCCACAAAAUAACCUGGAAGAACAGCUAGCGAGGCACAACAACGCUAACCAAAGCAAGCUAUCUUUGGCUAAACCAAAAACGGGUGCCUUUCUUUUCAAAAAGAAGUCCACAUCAGGUACAACUAACGUGGAAUACCCAGCAAAGGUAACCGCCUCAAGUGUUUUGGCAAACAGGAAUGUCAAUGUCCCGAAGAACAGUUUAUUGACUAAAUCUUCUGUGACAUUUUCAAACAAGCUUGAAAGAACUCAAAAAUCCAAAAUCAACAGCUUCUUCACAGUUAACUCUAAAUGCCAGUCAGACUCCGUCAUUCCAGCAUGUCGGAAUCCCCCAGCUGUGUCUGGUAAUAAUGGCGCUAUCACUCAAACCAAAACCGACAAUCACAGCAUCAAUGCAACUAAUGCGCCAAGUUUUGAUCCAUCCCAAUUUCCACUGGAUGACUGGGAUGAUUUUGAUGACUUUGAAACUCCUGUCAAAACUAAAAACGACUCCUUCAGUUCCGGGAAGGUCACAAAGCCAUCAUCUCCAGAUGAGGAGUUCCCAGAAUUCACAGGGAAACAAAGCUCUGAUACCUCUCACGUGACGCCAGAAUUAAUCAUCGAGGAUGACCAGCCCUGUAUGGAGAUAAAGGAACCAGAACACAUUGUCUCAAACAACAGUACAGUUUCACCUGGACCUGGUAUCCUUCAGGAAACAGUACAAUUUGAAGUGGAAGACUCACCUGUUAGAGGAACGAGAAGACGUCCCUUUGAGCACAAGUCUGUCUUAAGUGACAGUGAAGAUGAUACAAACACAGUGGUUGAAAAGAUUGAGACUAAAUCGGAUGGUAAGAAGUGGAUUGACCCGAAGGUUAUUGAACUUCAGGACAACUCUGAGCCUGAAGUUGACUUUGAUUGCAUACCUCCAUCACCUGACACUGAUGAGACUUCCUAUACAUCAUCUGCACUCCAGACAAGAUCUAAAACGGGUAAAACUCAAAGUAGAUUCAUUUCUGCUCAAUCAAAAAGUUCUGCUCCAACUCGUCCUGAACUUUCACAUUGUCUUUCCAAAGAUUCAACACGCGAACAACUCUACAGUAUCAUGGAGUCCAUCUGUGCUCUGGUUGACUCCAUCCCAGAGCAUGAACUGAUCUCUCUGUCUUGUGGGAACGAACUGUUGUUGCGUAGAGCUCACAGAAAAAGGAUUCUUGCUACUGGCGGUGACUUUUCAUUCCGGAUGCAGCAGCCUGACAGCACAGUUAUCUCUGAUGCCAGCUUUAAAGAAACCUCUUCUUGCUGUGUUUUGACACCCAGCAGCUCUGCGGUUCUGGACUCCAGGAAGUCUCAGCAGCCCCGUCGACCUUCAGUCAUCUCUUUAGAUUAUGACUCUGAUCAUUCUGAUAGAACUGCCUUUAAUCCAUUGUCCAGCAAAAGCAGUAGGGCAAUCUGUGUGGAAGAUGAAAGUAUUUGUGACUCUCUAUCAACUCCCAGACUUCUAAAACAACCUUGUUUCUCAGAGAGCACAAGUCGUCUCGAUGAAGACGAUGCACAUUUCUUCUCACCCAAGAAACCAGUGUCUGUGGAGCAAAAUAAAUCUAAAACCCCGACCUGCACAACUGCAGAUAACACUGAAACGGAUGACUUUUACUUUGACGAUUUUGAUAUAGAUGACUUUGACGAGUCUGAUAUUCCUGAAUACUUUGAGGAAGCCCCAACUUCAUCAGUCCCCAGACAAAACUCCAGUACCGCGACUGCUGUGAAGGAAGGAGGCCCGAGCAAAUCCUCAUGGGAUAAGAAACCGUCCAGCUCAGUUUCCACACCUAAACCUCCCAAGUUGUGUUCACCUGAGCCCACCUUCAGAAACCCAGCUCAUGACCGCUUCCGAGGAUUCAACUUUCCUCAUUCCCAAGAAAUGAUGAAGAUCUUUCAUAAGCGGUUUGGACUUCAUCAGUUCAGGUUCAACCAGCUUGAAGCUAUUAACGCCGCUCUCCUGGGAGAAGAUGCCUUUGUCUUGAUGCCCACAGGUGGAGGUAAAAGUUUGUGCUACCAGCUGCCUGCCUGUGUUUCUCCUGGAGUCACAGUUGUCGUCUCCCCGCUCAAGUCGCUUAUAGUCGAUCAGAUCCAGAAACUUACCACCCUUGAUAUUCCAGCAACAAGCCUGUCUGGUGAUAAAAGUGACAGUGAAGCAGGACGGAUUUAUAUGCAGCUUUCCAGAAAAGAUCCCCUAAUAAAGCUGCUGUAUGUAACCCCGGAGAAGGUGAGUGCAAGCGGCAGGUUAAUCUCAGCCCUGCAGAACCUUUACGAGCGAGGUCUUCUGGCCCGAUUCAUCAUUGACGAGGCACAUUGCGUCAGUCAGUGGGGCCACGAUUUCCGCCCCGACUUCAAAAGACUGCACGAACUCCGACAAAAGUUCCCCAGCGUGCGGAUGAUGGCUCUGACUGCCACCGCCACUCCCCGAGUGCAGAAGGACAUCCUAAACCAGCUGAAUAUGAUGCGGCCACAAGUAUUCACCAUGAGCUUCAACAGAUCUAACCUCAAGUACAGCGUGCUGCCAAAGAAACCCAAAAAGGUAGACGAGGACUGCAUCGGCUGGAUCAAGAAGCAUUACCCACGGGAUUCGGGCAUUGUGUACUGUUUGUCUCGUAACGACUGUGACGCCAUGGCGGAAAGUUUGAAGAGGGCGGGCAUACAGGCUCUGUCAUAUCACGCCGGCCUGAGCGACGGAGACCGAGAGUACGUGCAGAGCAAAUGGAUCAACCAGGAUGGUUGCCAGGUCAUCUGUGCCACCAUAGCCUUCGGCAUGGGCAUCGACAAGCCGGAUGUGCGCUACGUCAUCCACGCCAGCCUGCCGAAAUCAGUGGAGGGUUACUAUCAGGAGUCGGGGAGGGCAGGACGGGAUGGAGAAAUCUCUCACUGCAUUCUUUUCUACUCCUACACUGACGUCCACCGCAUUAAGAGGAUUAUCAGCAUGGACAGAGAAGGCGACAGCCACACCAAAGCCACUCAUUUCAACAACCUGCACAGCAUGGUGCAUUUCUGCGAGAACGUGAUGGAGUGCAGAAGAAUCCAACUGCUGGCUUACUUUGGAGAGCUGAACUUCAACAGAAACUUCUGUAAAGACCAUCCGGAUGUCAGCUGUGACAACUGUGCUAAACCCAACCAAUAUCAGAUGAAGAACGUGACUGAAGAUGUCAAGAAGAUUGUGAGGUUUGUCCAGGAGAACUGUGAGAAAGUUGGAUCCAGGUUUGGCAAGACAGCUCAGCAGAAUAGACUGACGCUAAACAUGCUGGUUGACAUCUUCAUAGGGUCUAAAUCUGCCAAAAUCCAGACGGGAAUGUUUGGAAUGGGAGGAGCUUACUCUCGCCAUAAUGCUGACCGGCUUUUCAAGAAACUGGUUCUGGAAAACAUCCUGGUGGAGGACCUCUACAUCACCAACAAUGGCCAAGCCGUGUCUUACAUCUCUGCUGGACCAAAAGCAAUGAACGUGCUGUCAGGGUACAUGCAGGUGGACUUCUACGAGACAGAAAGUGCUUCCAGCAUCAGAAAACAGAAAGCUGCUGUGUCCAAGAGUGUUUCCCAGAGAGACGAGAUGGUCCAGGCGUGUCUGAAAGAACUGGUUGAUCUCUGCAAGGAGCUGGGAAAAGCUUUUGGCCUUCACUAUUACAACAUCUUUUCAACGGCCACACUGAAGAAGAUAGCUGAAAGGCUCUCUUCUGAUCCUGAAGUCCUUUUGCAAAUUGAUGGAGUGACGGAGGACAAACUGGAGAAGUAUGGAGCGGAAGUCAUUAAGGUUCUGCAGAAAUACUCUGAGCGGCAGCUUCCUGUGGAGGAACAGGCUGAAGGUGCAGGUGAAGGAUGGAUCGACACAACACGAGGCCGCACUCAGGACGAGGACGAUGAGUCCUCAACAUACUUCAGUAACAGGUCUGCACAGGGACAGAAGAGGAAGAAAGCUCCUUUUUUCAAAUAUUCCAAGAAGAGAAAAGGAUUUGGAAACGCAAGCUCUAAUUCUAGAGGCAACAGCAAGUCCUGGUCCUCCUCCAGCUCCAGAGGCAGCUCACAAGCUGCAGGUCGAGGGUCCAGGAACUCAGCAGGAGAUCCACCAGCGGGCAGAAGACCAGGAAUCCUCGCCGCUCCGACGCCUCAAAGCAAGCAGCGGCCCUUUUUAAAGCCCAGCUUUUCUCACCUGAGCUGAUCACGCAGUGCUGCUGAACCAAGUCAUUCAUCCGAUUUUCCACUCGUGUGUUUUUGUGUUUCCUGUUGAUUAAUGUAAACUGUCUGUACAAAUGUAGGGACCACUGUAAAUUGUGAAACUUGUAUUUUGU